UUGUAAAUGAAAAUACCUAUCGGCAAACAAACCGUAUCUGAAAACGAUAAUUAGUUCAUUGAAUGUGUAGUUUUCGGAAUAAAUUGCAUGCAGAUUCUAAGGACAUGACACCACAACACUCAAAUAAGCAACAUUAUGUAGAAAGUGCACGCGUAUACAUGAGAAGUGACUCCUCCAUUUUAAUCAAAUGCUGCCUUUGCAAUGCGGACACUUUUGGCGGUGACAAAUGGAAGGAAUUCUUAAGGCACCUGGUUCAAAGGCAUGGAGACGAAGGUGAACUUAAUGGAGAUGAGGAUGAGAUCCAGGACGAGGUUCAGGUGGAGAUGACCAACCUCUUGGAGGCGUCUAUUGCUCAGGAAUCCAAGUUGACGGAAGUACAGGAAUCGUUUACCAAUGUGGAAUUUCUGGAAGACGAGGUGGAACCAAACUUUUCACCAGAGGAAGAGCAGGAUCAUGAAGAGUUCGCAAGCAAUAGCCACCAUGACUACAUCUCGAACCAACCCAACAAAGCCUUCUACAGCCUGCAGCGCACCAGCCCCGGAGUUAUUCAGUACUUCAUUCACCUACUGCGGAGACACAAAUUCUUCUGGAUAACUGAGCACGGGAUCAAUAGAAAAGAUCGCAUGGACAGUUCCCAAAAAGUGGCAGAGGCCCUAUUCCAUCGGUUUCACUUUCAGUUGGACCCACAGGUGGUCAAUGCCAGUGCCCGUUUCCUGCAAGUCUGGUUUGAGCGGCAGUAUGUUAUGCAGUUGAGCAACUCCGACUUCCGCUGCCGCUAUCCAAAGUACUACCACAGCUUGCUGAAAUUCAUGCCCACAAACCACAUAUCAGUGACCAUUUGCGAGGAGUGCGACCGACGGUUUCUUAACGAGCGCCAGCUACGGCUGCACAAAUUCCGCGUCCACGGGGGACCCAAUCCGAAUGUUUGUCAUGUGUGCCACCAGAGCUUUCCACUCGCCUCCAAGCUAGAACAGCACCAGGCACGAUACCACUUUAAGCGGCCGGAGUGGCAAUGCAGCAAAUGCGAUUACAACGCACCUUCCAAGUGGGACUUCCAACAGCACCAGGCCAUGCACGCGGGCCAAAGAAACUAUAUCUGCGAGUUGUGCGGGCACAGCUCGAAGACCAGCUCCGCCCUGGCCGUUCAUCGGCGAACUCACGACCAACCGAAACUAAGUUGUCCGCACUGCAGCCGGCAAUUUCGAGAGAAUAGUACCUUGAAGAGCCACAUCCGGAAAUUUCACGACUGUGACAGUGCGCGGCAGCUCUCCUGCGACUUUUGCUGGCGGAGAUUCCAGACGCUGGAGAUGCUGAAGCUUCAUAAACUGGUUCAUCUUCAAAACGAAGAAAUGGAAUCAGAUGAGGAGGAUGAUCCAGAUGAAUUGGACAGAUUCGUUAGUUAAGUACGUUUCGAAAAACAUAAAAUAGUAAUUUAAAUUACUCUAAUAGUAAAACGAUUCCAAACCUUACAUGGCAAUAUAUUAUAAAACAUAAA